UCUCUGGGAGGAGACGGGACACUCACCCACUCAGUCAAAGCCAGAUAGCGGAGAGCUCACAACCACCAUCUCCCCAUCUCGGACAAAGCAUAACAUAACUGGACAUCACUUCGCACUAGACACUGUGCCAUUUCUUCGAAGAGGCCACAAAUAAGGGAUUUUUUUCUCUCAAUUACAAAUCCCAGAUCAGUGAGGUGUGCGUGAUCGUUCCCAGCAAACGGCAGAAGGAUGAACAGCUUCGAUCUGGAUGAGCUGUUCGACACAUGGGAGGACCUGAACCUCACAGGCCUCCUGGAGAACGGGACGCGGGUGGAGAUGGGUGGCUGUCCCACGGCCUUCGACCGCAGCGCCCUGCUCCACUCCAUGUGCAUCCUCUACGUCUUCAUCUUCGUGGUCGGUUUGGCCGCCAACGGCCUCGUCCUCUGGAUCAACAUCCGUGCCCAGCACACCACCUCCAGCUCCUCCCCUCGCCACGAGACGCACCUCUACAUCGCCCAUCUGGCGGCGGCUGACCUGUGCGUAUGCGUCACACUGCCCGUGUGGGUGAGCUCCCUGGCACAGCACGGCCACUGGCCCUUCAGCGAGUUGGCGUGUAAGCUCACCCACCUACUCUUCUCCGUUAACCUCUUCAGCUCCAUCUUCUUCCUGGCCUGCAUGAGCGUCGACCGCUACCUGAGCGUGACGCGGCCGGCCGACAGUGAGGAUGGGGGCCGGCGCCGAAAGCUGAUUCGCCACAGCGUGUGCAUGGGGGUGUGGCUCCUGGCUCUGGUGGCUUCCCUGCCGGACACGUACUUCCUGCGGGCUCUGAGGUCAUCACAAGGGGAGGUAGUGCUGUGCAGGCCGGUGUACCCAGAGGAACACCCUAGGGAGUGGAUGGUAGGGGUCCAGCUGAGCUUCAUCCUGCUUGGUUUCAUCAUCCCCUUCCCUAUCAUCACUCUGGCCUAUGCCCUCCUGGCCAAAGCACUCUCCUCCUCCUUUUCCUCCUCGGCAGUGGAGCAAGAGCGUCGUGUGAGCCGCAAGGUGAUCCUGGCCUACAUAGUGGUGUUCCUCGGCUGCUGGGGCCCCUACCACGGGGUGCUCCUGGCCGAUGCCCUCUCCCUGCUUGGCCUGGUUCCUCUGAGCUGUGGGCUGGAGAACGCCCUCUACGUGGCGCUGCACCUCACCCAGUGUCUGUCCCUGCUCCACUGCUGCUUCAACCCCAUCCUCUACAACUUCAUCAACAGGAACUACCGCUACGACCUGAUGAAGGCCUUCAUCUUUAAGUACUCCACACGUACAGGCCUGGCCAGGCUCAUAGAACAGACCCAUGUUUCUGAGACAGAGUACUCUGCCGUCGCUGUGGAGAACACACCACAGAUCUGAGACUGAACUCUAGAACACACUCUGGAACUCAAAAACACAUCAAGGACAUUUAGAACAUAGUCUAGAUCAGUGGUCACCAACUGGUCCAUCUCCAAGGCUUUCCUAGUCGAUCGCCAAACAUUUCUGUAAAAAGCCCAACGAUAAAGCCUUGUGUUCUUAAUUGAUUUGCACUGUUUGCGGUAGGUGCACUUUUUUAUCAUUUAAGGUACAAACUCUGCCCACCCGGUGGUCCUGGAGAUCAAAUCAAGUACACCUAUAGGCCUACCGCUGGCCAAUCAGAUACUUUUGUAUAUAUAGUGUAUGUGGACACCCCUUCAAAUGAGUGGAUUCGGCUAUUUCAGCUUCACCCGUUGCUGACAGGUGUAUAAAAUCAAGCACACAGCCAUACAAUCUCCAUAGACAAACAUUGGCAGUAAAAUUGCCUUACUGAAGAGCUCAGUGACUUUCAAUGUGGCACCGUCAUAGGAUGCCACCUUUCCAACAAGUCAGUUAGUCAAAUUUCUGCCCUGCUAGAGCUGCCUCAGGAAAAUGUAAGUGCUGUUAUUGUGAAGUGGAAACGUCUAGGAGCAACAACGGCUCAGCCGCGAAGUGGUAGGCCACACAAGUUCACAGAACGGUCUGUCCUAGCAUUGCCUGUAUUCGAGCUGCAGCAGUGAUUAUAUAUAGAGUUGACCCAAUAGCUGCAUUAUUUUCUAAACUGCUAGAGGUGUGUGUGUGCGUACGCGGUGUGGGGACCUCAAAGUCCACUUUGAAAAUAGUUCGAAGGGCAUUAAAAUACUGUACAUAUAUUAUCAUUAUGAGAUUGUUAUUAACUUUAGAUAUAUUUUUGUACAUAUUUAUGCUAUGCUUCGACUUUCCAACUUUGUAUUUUCUAUGUUUUUACUCAUUGUGUUGUGGAUUCAGAAGUCCAUUUCAGUAAUGUCUAUGUGUUCAUAAAGCUGCCUCAUUGUAAAUGAGAGUCCCUUGCUCUGUGACACCAGUCCUGCCGUUUACUUCAAUCUCAUAAUGCUUUGAACCAGCUCCCUUUCCUCAUCUCCCUCCUUCUGUGACGCCUGACCUAGAAUGACUAGAGAGGUCCCGGAAUUGUCUCAGAAAAUGUUGAGUUCUCAGAACAGUGAUCAUUUAAGGAGAGGAGACAAGGAAAGGAAGCUAGGUAGGAGUGUUGACACAGCCUCUAUCUCUAUCACCACAUAUAGCAUAGCUGUAACCAUACAAUACGUUAUGGCUAAUAUUAGCAUUAGCGAUAAUAGUGAGACAUGUGUGCUUCAUAUGGCAUCUAGGACGCUGCAUCAGCACACAGACCACAGCACAGACAGAGAGGGCUUUAUGACCAAUAACCCAACACAGCUUUACUGCAUCCAUGUGUAGGCAGCCACAGCCACAAUGCUGGACAGAUGUGUAUAAAUGCUGCAGACUAUCAACACGAAAAAGAGGAACUACAUUCUGAAUCUUUUAUUGGGAUAUAUCCUGUGUGUGUCAAUGUAUGUCUGUGAGUGCGAGAGACAGCUUGUAUGUGGGCGUGCAUGUGUCUGUGUGUGCGUGUGUGUCUGACUACAUGUUGUGGGCCACAGUGCAAACCGUGUGACUCACACAGUGUUCCAUGCCAAAUUAUGAUGUUGGAUAUAGGGAUGAGCAUGAUUAUUUGAAUAUUAAAAUGUCCGAACGGAUGUUAGUAUUCGAAUACUUGUGUGAAUAUACAUUUCUGCUAGAAAAAAAAUGUAUAGGCCUAUUUUAAACACCCACAACAGUAGAAAUAAAUUUCUCGAGCUGAAAGACGAUGGCCAGAGCUUACCCAUUAUGUUGCACAAUGAUGUAAAUAAUUAAUCUUUUUAGUCAUAGUACAUUAUGAUAUAUUUGAGCUUGAAAUGCCAAAUCCGAAUGUGUGACUUUGGAUGUUUCUGUGAGUCUUACGCCUUUUUUCUUAUGGGAUGACGUGCAAAUUCUUUACAGCCUAUGUUUUGUUUCAAAGUUGGGUUUUAUUUAAAUGUUACCACCUACCAACAUGGCAAUGUUAAUUAAUCAGAAACAUCUGCUGUAAAGUUCUUCCUAUUCGCAAGUCAUCUGAGAGCCAAACAGCUUUUCUCUGUAGCAAAAACUUGGGUUUCUACUAGAUAAAACAGCCACAAAGUCAAAAUGGUCUAUACCAUACAAAUUCGUGAAAACAAAAAUGUGCUUUUUGGUCUUCAUUUAAGGUUAGAGUUAGGCUAAGGUUAGCAGUGUGGUUAAUGUUAGGGUUUAGGUGAGAGUUUGAUUAAAAAUCCAAUUUUAAGAUGUGAAAAUGUAGAAAUAGACGGGGUUCAUGACUUUGUGGCUGUGUUAACUAGUGACGACCCUACACUUGGCCGCCUUGCCAUGGAGCAAAUUAAAUUAACACAAAUUAAUGUUUUUGCAUCUCCCCUCUUUUUUUACAAGCAAAUUAUCAUAAUCCAUUGGAUAAUUUGUCAAGUUUCACUUAUUUUUCUGCUAGUCUGCAUUCCAGUUCCACCUCAGACACCGCCAAAACAACCACUAUGCCGAUGUCGGCUAAAGCGGAACUGAUUGAAUAUAGUCCUUAAGUAAAAAAAAAAACACAAGUAUUUUCAAUAUCUGGAUAUCCAACAAAAAUGUAUGAUACUAUUCAAAUAUUGAACAGAUGUCAAACCCCUAUCCCUAGUUGGAUAUGUCCUAAACAUUUAUGUGUACAAUGCUAUUUCUGUCUGAGGUAGCAAACAUAUUUAGUUUGAUACAUUGUCAUGAGUCAUCGUGUUAUCUGAUUGGAUGCAUAUGUAUCCUAUUACAUUGUAAGGGUUGCAAUCCUAGCAGUGAUUAUUAAAAAAAUAAAGAAACCAUGACCAGCAUGUCUACAAGAAGAGGCAUUCCAUUAUAUUAUAUAGAGAUAUUUUAUGUUUACUGUAUGCUAUGGAUUUUGUUACUCAUUAAAUACCAACAAUUAA